UGACAAAAUGGAACCCACCAGCAGUGUGAGGAGACCUGAAAGUGGCACAUGGCAGAGUGUGGCGAUGGAGACAGCAGCAAUGGGAGGCCGUACAGGGACCCAUGACACACUCUGGACCUGGCAGCAGCAUGAGGAGGCGGUACAGGGGCCCAUGACAGAUUACGGGCCUGGCAGCAGCAAUGGGAGGCCAUACAGCACCCUAUGACAAAAUGGAACCCACCAGCAGCGUGAGGAGACCUGAAAGUGGCACAUGGCAGAGUGUGGCGAUGGAGACAGCAGCAAUGGGAGGUCGUACAGGGACCCAUGACACACUCUGGACCUGGCAGCAGCAUGA